CUCUCCUCCUACCUUACAAUUCAUUCUAGUCACUCUCUCCUUCUUCCUAAGGGUUUCAAUUCUACCUACUCUGUUUUCAAGGUUUACAAAGCUUCAAGCUUUCGUUUUCAAACUUCAGGAUCGAUUCUCUGCUUGUUGCUUUGUUUGUUAACCUUUUGCAAUUGGAUCAGUUAUUUGUGGAUGCAUGUUGUUGUUUGGUUGAUUAUUGAAUAAUAUCUGGAUAUUUGGAUUGCCCUGAGUUGAGUUGGCAAUGUACGUGGUUGGUUUGGGUCACUCAUUAACAACAUCAAGAACUGAUUGUGUUAGUUUUCACGAGUUUAGAACGUAUCAAUUGUCUACAAAAGGAAUAAUGUGUAUCCAUGCUGGCAAAGAGCAUUUUGGGUAAUCAAUUAUCUACAAAAGGAAUAUUGUGUAUAUCCAUGCUGGCAGAGAGCAUUUUGGGUAAUGCCCCUGACGAAUAUUGUUGCUGAUGCACUAGGCGUGUUGACAAUCUGCCUCGUAGGUCUUCUAGUCCUUCUCGGCUUAUUCUGCAUAAUAUAUUCCUUUUAUUUCCACACGCGAAUUCACAAUCAAGGUUAUAUUCAGCUAGACUAUUUCAGCAGCCCUUGGAUUGUUCGAAUCACGCUUAUCCUCUUCGCAAUCUGGUGGGGAUUCGGCGAGAUAGCUCGUUUAAAUUUUCUACGACGAGAGGGGAGAAUCUUAAAUGCCCUAAAUUUAAAAUGGCAGGAGUCUGUUUGCAAGGGUUAUAUCGUUUCGAAUCUGGGAUUUGCAGAGCCUUGCAUGUUCCUCACACUUGCAUUUCUUCUUCGAUCCUCACUGCAGAGGACAGAUUCAGGAACCCUAACCCAAAGAUGGAAUGGAAAAACAGCUGUCUAUGUUCUGUUGUGUUGCUUCCCGCUCCUUGUUCUUCAGCUCGGAGUUAUAUUGCUCGAUCCAGAAUUUAACCCAAAAGAGAAAAGUAAGGUCUUUUUCCGCAAGUUACCUUCUUAUUUCACUAGUGCAGUUUCAUCGAAGAAUAGUGUUGUUUUCUGCAUUUACCCAUUGUUUAGUACUGCUUUCCUUGGACUUUUCGCAAUGGUAUUAACUACUUACUUUAUCUGGAUUGGGAGGAGAAUUGUGAAACUGGUGAUCAAUAAGGGUCUGCAGAAGAGAGUAUACACAUUGAUAUUCUCAAUUUCGUGUCUACUUCCAUUAAGGAUUUUGUUCCUUGGUUUAUCUGUUGUGUCUGAACCUGAAAAGAUCUGGUUUGAAGCGUUCUCUUUCUUGGCUUUUCUUUCACUUCUUUGCUGUGCUGGGGUGAACAUCUUCUUGCUUGUGUAUUACCCAAUUGCGGAUUCUUUAGCUUUGAGGAGGAGUUUGCAGGAUGUAGAAGUGUCGUCGUCUAGUUAUGGAAAUCAUCAUGACACAGUUUCACUAAUUGCUAACCAAAGUUAUCAUCCUGUUGAAGAAAUUGGCAAUCGUGGGAGAAACUUUAACAAUUCGUCUGGAAAAUGUGAAUCUAUUGAAGAAGAAGAAGAAGUUGGAGGUGGUUUUGUGGAACUGAGUCUUUUCUGUCCUAGUGGGCAUCCGAGUCCUCCAGAUUCACCUCAAUUACAUGGUUGGCCAAUGGUUCAUUCUAAUUGAAAUGAAAAGACCUUUUUUUUUGUUUCUUUUUUUUUAUCUGUAAAGUUUUUAGUGUUUUGAUAAUGAAUAAGGAUUGCAAAAUUUUUGGUUUUGAAUUUUGUUGAAGAAAGAUAAUUUUACUUUGGA